GUCGAGCGCGAGCUCGCCGCCGUGCGGGAAGGCGCCCGACAGACCGCCGCGCUGCUCGAGACGCGCUCCACCGAGCUCCGCGCCGCCCAGGUCUUCCUCACCCGCGCGGACGACGUCCCGGACAGCGACGUCGUUCGCCUCGUCGAAAACCUCAACGCGUCCGUCUUCCAGAUCGCGGCCGCCAUCGCGGACACGUUCCAGAGCCGCUGCGGCGGGAGGAACGAGGGCGCCGAGGACGCGUGCGUGGAGCUCAAGGGGAGGACGAUGCUUCCGGAGGGCGUCACAGACGCCUUACGACACGUCGACCACCGGAAGGACGGCACGCUCGUGCAGUUCGCGCUACAGACAGUCAUGGCAACGUACGCUCGCGAGGUGGGCGUGCUGUGGGAUACGCGGGGCAAGAGCGACUUCGAAAGAGUGUAUGAGAGCAUCAGAGCGCACGAACCCCAAGCCGUCGCGGGCCGCUGGAGGACCCUCUGCCGCACGCACCUCCGUGCGCUCCGCGAGGACGAAGACGAGCAGCGCGCCGAAGCCGCGAGGAUCCUCGUGAGCGCGCUCGCAACAGUCCUCCGCGCAUGCGGCGUCGCGGACGAACGGGACGCGCCCGAAAACGAACUCCGCCUCGCACACUCGGACGCGCUGCACGCUGUUGUGAGCAUUGCGUUCGAGUUCCGGCGCGUGGCGGGCGAGGUGAUCGUCUCGCGCGAGUUCGCCGUUGUCAUGGUCAUGCCAGAGCAACCGUUUGACGAGAGCGCGAUGGAGGACGAAUGGGAGGGGCCGAAGAAGAAAAGGAGACGGGGGCACGAGGCCGAGACGGCGCACCCAGUGUUCUGCACGACGGGGCUUGGGCUGGUGCGGGAGGAGAACGGGAGUGAAGGCGGACGGGUGCUCUUGGUGAAGCCGAAGGUGAUCUUGACGUCGAUAGUCGACAAGUUGCAGGAAGAGGGAGAUGGUGGCCGAUGA